UGGCGUCAUGCUAGGCGCGACCAAAAAAAACUGUCUUCUCCACGCUGUUUAUUAGGAGGGUAGCGUGUGUGUGUGUGCGCGCAUUUUACUUUCUCUCUCUGUUUUUAUUUUUAAUCAUGGAGAAAAGAGGCACAAGCUCCUUCGGGAAGAAAUGUAAGCCCGUGAAGAUGAAAGAUGGCGCCGACCCUGUCAAAGAUUUCGAGAAAUGGAGGAAAAGAUACAACAAGACCAAAGUACAAGUUAAGCGAGACAGAGCGAAGAGGGAGGUUCCUGAGUGGCAGGUCGAACGGGAGUACAUCGACAGGCUAGUCAGCAGGUACGGCGACAUUAACACCAAGGAGAUUGUCAAGUUUUCCGACUUUCCCAUUUCAAAGAAGACCCUGUUAGGUCUGCAGGAGGCUCAGUACAGACAGCCCACAGAGAUCCAGAGACAGACCAUCAGCUUCGCUCUGCUCGGUAAAGAUGUCCUCGGCGCAGCUAAGACUGGCUCUGGGAAGACUUUGGCCUUUCUCAUACCGGUGCUGGAGUGUCUGUACCGCCAGCAGUGGAGCUCCAUGGACGGCCUCGGUGCUCUCAUCAUAUCCCCCACGAGAGAACUCGCCUACCAGACCUUUGAAGUCCUCCGCAAGGUGGGCAGGAACCACGAGUUCUCCGCGGGGCUCAUCAUCGGCGGGAAGGACCUCAAGAGCGAGUCGGAGAGGAUUCACCGCACCAACAUUGUCAUCUGCACCCCGGGACGACUGCUCCAGCACAUGGACGAAACGGCCACCUUCCACGCCUCUAAUCUCCACAUGCUAGUUCUGGAUGAGGCGGACCGCAUCCUGGACAUGGGAUUUGCCGAUACAAUCAACGCCAUUGUGGAGAACCUUCCGAAGUCCCGACAGACGUUGCUGUUCUCUGCUACACAGACCAAGUCGGUCAAAGACCUGGCCCGGCUCAGCCUUAAAGACCCAGAGUAUGUGUGGGUUCACGAAAAGGCAAGGUUCAGUACGCCGGCCACCCUGGAGCAGAGCUAUGUAGUGUGUGAACUCUAUCAGAAGGUCAACAUGCUCUACUCUUUCAUCAGGAGUCACCUGAAGAAGAAGAUAAUUGUCUUCUUUGCCUGCUGCAAGGAGGUGCAGUACCUGUUCCGGGUCUUUUGUCGCCUCAGACCUGGCAUGCCUGUCCUGGCUUUGCAUGGUAAACAGCAGCAGAUGAAGAGAGUGGAGGUCUAUAGGGACUUCCUCAAGAAACAGAACGCCGUGCUCUUUGCCACCGACAUAGCCGCCAGAGGCCUUGACUUCCCUGCAGUCAACUGGGUGCUGCAGUUCGACUGCCCGGAGGAUGCAGACACCUACAUCCACAGGGUGGGUCGGACUGCCAGGUACAAGGAGGGGGGAGAGGCCCUACUGCUGCUGCUUCCCUCAGAAGAGAAGGGCAUGGUCAGCCAGCUGCAAGAGAACAAGGUUCCCAUCAACAAGAUCCAGGUGAACCCAGACAAAAUGCAGAAUGUUCAGCAGAAGCUGGAGGCCUUCCUGGCCCAAGAGAAUGAGCAGAAGGAGAGAGCUCAGAGGUGUUUUGUUUCCUAUCUGCGCUCUGUCUACCUGAUGAAGAACAAAGAGGUGUUUGAUGUCUUUAAACUCCAGAUUCAGGAGUAUGCUGUUUCUCUGGGUCUUGCUGUGGCUCCGAGGGUGCGCUUCUUAAGUAAAGCUCAGGCACGGAGAGCAGAGAAAGAAGCACAGCAAGAGGAGGAGCAGUCCAAAGAAGAGGAAGAGGUGAGGAGCUUUAAGGCCCAGCUGAAAGGAAACAAUCGCCAUGAGGAAAGUCAGAGCUCUGACUCAGAAGAUUCAGUCGAUGAUGAGGAAAGCGGGAAUGAAGGGGAGAUGGAUGAGUCCAAGACACUGCUUUUGGUUGCAGAUGGCAUUGAGGAUGAUGAUGAUGAUGAUGAUGAUGAUGAUGAUCUGAGAGACUUGGACCUGCUGACAGUCAAAAGAAAAGAUGUCUUCAAUUUGACGGGGGAUGAGGAGACUCUCAAGGAAGUGGUCAAAAAGAAAAUGGAUAAACAGACAAAGUUCAAAGAAGCCAAAAAGGUCCUCAAGAGAAACUUCCAAGUCAACACCAAAGUGGCUUUCAGUGAAGAGGGUGAGGCUUUGCAGGUGUGGCCUCCAGUUCAACGGGCAGUGACUGGUACAGAGGAGGAAGAUGAGGAAGAGGAUGUUUCAGGUAUCAAUGUGGAAAAGGCCAGGGAGAGGCUAAGACAGGAGGACCAGGAGUUUGACAAGCAGGAGUAUAGUCGCAAAGUGAAAGCCAAACACAGGGAGAGGAGGCUGAAGGCAAAGGCAGCCAGGAGGGAGGCCAGCAAGCGGCCCGGACAGAAAUCGGACGAGGACACGGAGGACGAGGUGGUGGCGUACGUAGCCAAUCACAGUGAAGACGAAUUUGACCCUAGCACCCUGCCAGAUCCUGACAAACUGCACUCGUUGUCGGAGGAGGAGGAGGAGGAGGAGAUGAUAACGUCAGACAAACGGCAGCAUAGCAGUGAAAGCAGUGAUGAGGAAGAGGAUGUGCUCACAGCAGGGAAGAGGAAGAAAGCGAGGCAGCAGAAUAAUGAGCAUGCAGCCCUGGACACUGGUCUCUCUCUGGCUGAGGAUGAGGAGUUAGUCUUACAUCUGCUAGCAGGGCAGAGGUAAAGAAAACACAGGGUUUUUCAAACAGUAUGAACUGGUCAGUUGAAGUUCUAACAGCAGAGUCAGUAAUUAAAUAAAGAGAUGUAGAAUUACAGAAGUCUGAUUUGUGUUCACAUUUGAAAAGAGACAACAUUUAAAGGGGUACUCCAGCAUUUUAGUUUUGCAUGUCCAGAAAGUUGGAGGACUAACAGGAGACAGAUUGUAAAAAGAUGGUGCAAAGUGAGCAUCAGAGUGCGAUAUCCUGACUUUAGUGUAUAGUAUAGAUAAUAAUCCUACAACUCACAUAGUGCAACCAUCUCUUCAUUAAACCUCCUGAACACUUGACUUUAAAUCAUGUGUUGUAACAUAAAUAAAUUUGUCUAUACAGACAUACACGAGGAAUAAGCAACAAAUAAAGUUAUAUAACAUCUUUAA